AGUUCAUCUUUCCGGGAGAAUCAUGGAGAACGGGACUGUAGAUCUUGAUCUUGAUUGGCAAUUGGUUUGAUUCGUUCAAAUCCAACUCGUGAGAUUAGCUUGCAUUUCUUUUUUUUUCAUUUCAUGAGCAGAAUAUAUCUUCGGAUUCACUUCAGAAUUGAUUUCAAUCCAUCCUAGAAUUCCUUUUGUUCAGGUUUUGCAGUGAGUUAUGGUGUUUUUUCGGAGCGUUUCUCUGCUUUCUAGGCUCCGCUCUCGAGCUGUAAGUUCACACUCCACACAUGUGUAUAUAGAUGUAAUUGAAUUUCCUGGCGGUAAAAUAUGUUUGAUUGAAUUUGUAUUACAGGUGCAACAAUCUAAAAUCGGAAAUUCGGUCAGGUGGCUACAAAUACAGAGCUCUUCUGAUCUUGACCUUCAUUCUCAGCUGAAGGAACUGAUUCCUGAACAACAGGAGCGCCUAAAGAAAAUAAAGUCAGAAUAUGGAAAAGUUCAAUUGGGAAAUAUUACUGUUGAUCAGGUAAUAGGCGGCAUGAGAGGAAUGGUAGGUCUACUGUGGGAAACCUCAUUACUUGACCCAGAUGAGGGAAUUCGCUUUAGAGGUCUAUCAAUUCCUGAAUGCCAGAAGGUGUUACCAGCAGCAAAGCUUGAUGGAGAACCUUUGCCCGAGGGUCUUCUUUGGCUUCUUUUGACUGGAAAGGUACCAAGCAAAGAGCAGGUUGAUGCCUUAUCCAAGGAAUUACGUAGUCGUGCCACUGUUCCAGAUUAUGUUUAUAAGGCAAUUGAUGCUCUUCCAACCACAGCUCAUCCAAUGACUCAGUUUACAACUGGUGUUAUGGCCCUCCAGGUUCAGAGUGAAUUUCAAAAGGCGUAUGAGAAAGGGAUUCCAAAGACAAAGUACUGGGAGCCAACAUAUGAAGACUCUCUUAGCUUGAUUGCUCGUGUGCCUGUCGUGGCUUCAUAUGUUUACCGAAGGAUAUACAAGGAUGGGCAGAUUAUUCCUAUGGAUGACUCCUUGGAUUAUGGUAGCAAUUUCGCACACAUGUUGGGUUUUGAUAGCCCUCAGAUGCAAGAGCUUAUGAGGCUUUAUGUCACUAUUCAUAGUGAUCAUGAAGGAGGGAAUGUUAGUGCUCAUACUGGCCACCUAGUUGCUAGUGCUCUUUCGGAUCCCUUUCUUUCAUUUGCAGCUGCAUUGAAUGGCUUAGCGGGGCCACUCCAUGGUCUCGCUAAUCAGGAAGUCUUGCUCUGGAUUAAAUCCGUGGUAGAUGAAUGUGGAGAGAACAUAACCACAGAGCAAUUGAAAGACUAUGUCUGGAAAACACUAAAUAGUGGCAAGGUUGUCCCUGGUUUUGGGCAUGGAGUUUUGCGUAAAACGGAUCCAAGAUACACAUGUCAGAGAGAAUUCGCAUUAAAGCAUUUACCUGAUGAUCCUCUUUUCCAGCUGGUUUCAAAACUUUAUGAAGUUGUGCCUCCUAUCCUUACCGAGCUGGGGAAGGUGAAAAACCCCUGGCCCAAUGUGGAUGCACACAGUGGAGUGUUGCUUAACUACUUUGGUUUGACUGAGGCGAGAUAUUUCACUGUUCUCUUUGGUGUGUCGAGGAGUAUUGGAAUAUGCUCCCAGUUGAUAUGGGACCGAGCUCUUGGAUUACCACUCGAGAGGCCAAAAAGCGUUACAAUGGAAUGGCUUGAGAAUUACUGCAAGAAAGCAGCUUCAUCAUGAGGGCUUAAGUACUGUUUCAUAAUUACCCUCUCCAAUAAUACUUCAAAAAGCAUGGGUUUUGCGAUGGAUGAAGCCAUGAAUGUUGUGAAGUUCCCACAUCUAUUCAGAGUAGGGAGUAUUUUUAUUCUAAUAAGCUAUUCAGUAAAUUAGGUUCGACGGCCCUAAAGCUUUUGCAAUGAACUUUGUUGAGUUGAGGAAAGCAGCAUAUGAAUAAAUAUGGUCUUAGAUUAUUGUGUAGGGGACCAAUUGUUUUUUUUCUCAUGUCGCUCUCAGUAAGGUCUCUUGAUUUUGGCAAGAGUAUUUGACACAAUUUUUGUUGUAAAAGUGGGAAUAAAAUUCCAUAUGCCAAUAUUUACUGGAAUACAAAACAUCUAUAUUUACUGAAAACUAUA